CAGCUUCCGGGACAAGCCGCCCGCGCUGCUUCCAGCUGCACAGACCCAGGCAGGGAGCGGGAGAGAUUCGGGCGGGCGGCGAGCAACGGCGCCAUGGAGAUGGAAGGCGCAGAUGGGGCUGCUGUCCCCCCCAGCUUGGCCGAUCGCUCGCGUCGAAGCAGCAUCUCCUCCACGUGUGCCCGAUCGGUGGAUGUCCUGGUAUAUCUGAUCGAUGACACUAUGGUGCAGCUGAGCGUGGACAGUCUGAUGUCUGUCACUGUUCAUGAGCUACAUCGCAUCGUCCGGGACGCCCUGCAGCUUCCUGAGUGUGCCAUGGACGUCUUUGCCCUGUGGCUCAUCUCUCCCUUGCUUGAGGUGCAGCUGAAGCCGAAGCACCAGCCGUACAAGGUGUGCCGCCAGUGGCAGGAGCUGCUCUUGCGCUUCACUGAUUGCCAGGAGGAUGAGAUCAUGCAGGAUGAGCCUUCCCUGCAGUUCAGAAGGAACGUGUUUUUCCCGAAGAGAAGGGAGCUGCAGAUCGAAAAUGAGGCUGUCCUCCGGCUGCUCUACGAAGAGGCUAAGUUCAACAUCCUGGAGGGACGCUACCCGUGUGAUAUGGAGGACUGCGAGCAGCUGGGGGCCCUGGUCUGCAGGCUGCAACUGGGUCCCUACGACCAGGACCAGCAUACGGCCUGUGCCUUGAAGGAGAAGCUGGAGGCCUUCCUGCCCGCUCACCUGUGCCGGCGGGGGCACAGCCUGCUGACGGCGCUGUGGAAGCGGGGGGCCAAGCAGCCAGCCUACGAGCAGGGGCUGCUCCAGGCCUACCAAGCAGUGCGGGAGGAGGCAGCCUGCGAGGAGCCUGAGGCUCUGCGCCAGCACUACUGGGUCUAUCUGCAGAGGUGCCACCAGCUGCCAUACUAUGGGUGUGUGUCUCUCUCCAGCUGCGCUUUCUUCUAUGGGGAGAUUGACAAGCCAGCCCAGGGCUUCCUCCACCGGGGAGGGCGCAAGGCAGUGUCGGUCGCCAUCAGCCUGGAGGGUGUGUACGUCAUAGAUAGCAAGGAGAAGCACGUCUUGCUGGGCCUGCGGUUCCAGGAGCUCUCGUGGGACCACACGUACCCCGAUGAGGAGGAAGAGCACAUCCUCUGGCUGGAGUUUGAUGGGGAAAACGAAGGGAUCCUGGUCAACAAGCUGCUGAAGAUUUACUCCAAGCAGGCAGAGCUGAUGAGCGGCCUUAUCGAGUACUGUCUGGAGCUGAAUGCAGCAGCCGAGGCAUCGGCCCUGGAGAACAGCACCCUCCAGAGCCCCACGCUGCCACCUCUGGCCAGCAAGCAGCGCCCCAAGCUGCGACGGCAGAACAGUGUGGUCUGCAGCCGCAUCCAGCACCUCGCCACCAUAGACUACAUUGAGGAUGGUAAAGAGAUAAAGCGUGUGAAACCCAAGCGGACAGCCUCCUUCUUCACCCGCCAGUUCUCGCAUGGCGCUACCUCCUACUCAGCUGUGCAGGCUCCAGCGGAGAGCCUGGAGCAGGGCUGAGUGCCGUCUUCGCCGGUGCACAGGGAGCAAUGGACCGAUCCAUCUAGGGGCAUGCCCUGUGCCCAGCACACUGGCUCUCCUCCUAGUGCCUCUCUAAGUUAUUCUGUGUUAAUUUAUACCAGUGGGAUCCCAGCUUGCUGCAUCGAAAGUCUCUCUUCUGCAGCCAUUCCAGCCUGAGCCCUCAGGUGCCUGGGCUCCUCUGGUUAUGUUGCUUUGAGUGUUCUCUGCAGCUGGGCAGUGACACCCCCUCCGUCCCCUGGGUGGUGGAAGCCUCCCGGUGUGGUUCUACUGUAUGUGUGCUGGCACGCCGCUGCUGAUUUCAAUUGGCACCGAUGUAAAAGAGGGGAAAAGCAGCCAUGUCACCUGGCCAAGCCAGUAUUGCUCUGAGAUCAUCUCUUCCCUCCCUCCCGGCGCUCCUAGACCUCUGAUUGCUGCCCUGAUGGUGAGCGCGCUCUGCAUCGUUCCUACCCCAGAGCUCUGAGCCUCUCUCCCUGGGGUGAAGUGUCCCGUCAGCACAGACUUCACAGAGUGCAGGGCCAGAACCUGCCUGCAUGUGCCCAUCAGUUCAGCACAUCAGGGUCCUGCGGCACCUCGCUUGUCCUGAGUGGGGAACUCUCCUGUCUCAGAAUGUCACCUCCCUUGAGGGGAGGGAUUCAUCUGGUCUCCCGCGCAGGGCGGGAAGGGCUGCGCGGCGUUGGUUCAUUCCACAUCUGAUAGAAUAUUGAGGCAUCUUGGCUAUAUCCCCUGGUGGGUUGUUCCAUUUUCCAACCUGUGUGGGAGUCAGAUGGGGAAGCGGUGAUCGUGAUUCUGACAUAACCCUGCCUGCGUUUCUGGGUGAACUGACUGCGUAGCAGCUUUAAGACCUUUUUGCGAUUCAGCUGGGGGAGUCUGAUUUCAAAGCUGGCCUUGCCUCUGGUCCAUGGCUAAUUCAGUCCAGGAGAGGUAGGCACCAGGUGUUCAGUGAAGUGAAGUGGGGAAGAUUGCUUUGCUGCCAACGCUUCACUGAGAAACAACCCUCCUGGGCCUAUCAGCUCAGGACAUCUCACCAGCCCUAAAAAUCCCUUCCUGGCUCCUGCAUCUACUUCCUGCCCCAGGAACUCAGCCCGCUUUUUGCAGGGGUUUGUAUGUAUCGCCCUUUCUGUUGAUGGGAUAUUUUUUUCGAUGGCUGGACAAGUGAGUUGCUGGUGCAGGAAAUGGGUGACUCCCCCACAUGAAGCCUUGUUCAGCCGUGAAUGAGACACGCUGGGGUAUUAACACAAAGGAUCAGUAAUUGACUGCAACAGAUUUCCUUGCUGGACGUGCAGCUGUUGGAAGGAACAAGCUCCUUGCCUUUCUGAGACCGCUGGUUAGUCUAUUUCAAGUUGGGUGUGGUGACAUAUGCCAGGGAUCCACACUGCUUUGCCCUAUCCAUUCAGUACACAGAGGCUGUUUUGAACAGCUCAGUCUGUGUCUGUGGUUUGGACUUGAGCCAAAGGGGUUUAGAUACACCAGCCCUGUUAACUUUAACAAGAGCUGUGCAUCUAAAUCUCUUGCUUCAUUUUUGAAAAUCUUAGCCUUAAAACCCCAGCACUGUACACUUUCCUGUGGGUGCUUUAUUUCCCUAAUGGGGAAGAGCUCUAGUGGGUGCUUAUUAAAUGACUGUGCUGCUUGUUAACCUCCCUCUCCCUUUUUAAAUCUGCACUGUGCAAUCUAGGGUAGGUGGAGACAACCUUUUAAUAUGGAAAAAACCCUUUCAGGGUGGGAUGUUUAAAGGGACAGAGGGGAUUUAGUCUCUGAACCCCUGUUGAAUUUCACUGGGAAUUGGGUGCUGAUUGGAAACCUUAGCCUUGCUUACUGCAGUGCUGUUUGGAGAGUGGGAAGCAAGCUGAGAAUGUGAAAGUGGAAUAUGUCAAUUUCCCCAUCUGGACAAACCCUUGGUGGCUGGCAGUGGUUUUGUGUGUGUGGGCAAUCUGAGGAAGGAGGGACAUCACCCAGGGGUAUUGAGAAUCUUUAAGCCAUACAGACCUGCCAGCCACACACCUCAGCUGCACAAGCACAGCACAUGCUGCUGUGCUCUCCAGUCUCCAUCAUGCACGUCACCUUGGAAAUCUCUCUCCUACAGCAGUGAGGGUUUUCUAGGGAUUGUACCACGACAGUUUGCUUGUUGCCUUCUCAGCACACCCCACCAGGGAACCAGAUGUUACUGCUCGUGGACUGAGCCUGGAUGGCAGUUCAUUCCCCUGCGCUGCCUAGAGAGGGUAAAUGGCCAUAAGCUAUAGAUCUAAACUGCUUAUCCCUUGUUAGUGGCACUUGUGCCAAAAAAGCUGUGCCUUCUUCCCCUGGGGAUUGGCAGCUGAGCCCAUGGUGCAUUCGGGAUGAGGCUGGCAUUUUGAGCUCAGUGUCUUAGAUUUCCAAAGGGUUUCAGGCACCAACUCCCAUUGAAUUUCAGUAGGAUUCUCUUCACUUCUUUGGGGAGAAGCACUAGUCCCCAUCUGUUGGUUUUGAGCACUUGUCGGUGCCAAUCCAGCAUCCAAACUGAUCAGCAAUCAGACUGCUUGGAGGGCGGGACUGUCACUGCCUAAGGGGUUGAAGUGUUCAUCUCAAGUUUCCCUUGGGAAUUUCCAAGUGGUCUUGUCCUCGUUCCUUCGGGCCCUCCUGGCAUUGCAGCGUUGCUAAGCGCUGAUAUUGCUGAUGCAGAGGCAGCAGGAGUGGGAGGCAUAAGCAGACUUUCCUCUGGGGCAGAGUUUGUUCAUGGAUCGUAAGGUAGAAAGAUAGAGUUUUUCCGUGUGUUACCAAGUGGCUUGGCUACUUUCAGAACCUGUUUGACAGCAAAAGUGUAAGGGGCGGGGGGCGGGGGGGGAAAGAUUCAGUUUAGGGAAGG